AUGGAUCCACUUCCACCUAAUGAGCAAGCUUACCAUGGUCAUAUACCAUACGGUAGAAAUCCCUACUACCCUUCACAUCCACAACCUUCAUACUCACACCCUCACUAUUAUCAUGGCUAUCAUUUCCCUUACCCACCUCCUUUCCAUUAUUCACCACCUCCUCCACCAAAUUAUUAUCAUGAGCAAGCAUACGUAACACAACAUUUUCAACCCCAGAGAUAUCCUACUUACGAAAUACCCCCUCAUUACCCUCAAAUGCAUUCCGACGAGCCAAAACAUCAAACUUCUGAAAAUUUCGCGAGCUGUGAUCCUGCCACGAGAUCCACACGCCCUUUUCCACCUGAAAACAGUCAAAUCCCCCUCGAGCAACGCCUGAAUGACUUCAUCCGAGAAACGAGGGAGGAGAACGCCAGACUUAAAGAGAUCAUUACCAAAGAAAUGCUUGGAGAGAUACAAGAAUUACGCCAUGAGACACUUUCACCUCUUCAAACGGUUGAAAGCACUCUCGCAAAAAUCAUGGAAAUGAUCCAAGGAGGAACAGACGUAAAUGCUAUAACUUUGAGAAGCGGACGAGCACUUCCAGACGAUGUUCCACCUCCUCCACAAUCAACCCCAAUGGAAAAAUCCAGAGUGGAAAAUGAAGAGAUCACUGAUUCAACACAAGCCGAGCAAACAAUUGAAGACGAACUCAGGAAGGAAGAAAUACAAACGCAACCUUCUAGGAAAGGGAAAGAAAUCAUGCAAGAACCACCGCCUGUGCCGAAAGCCAAACUUCCAUUUCCUCAGAGAUUCCGCACCGAUAUCGAUAAUGCCAAAUACGACAAAUUCCUACAAAUGCUACGCCAAUUACACGUCGAUAUGCCAUUCAUCGAUGCACUUGGAGAGAUGCCAAGGUAUGCUAAAUUCCUUAAAGAUCUUCUAUCAAAUAAAAAGAAAUUAGCUGAAACUGCUACUGUUGUCCUAGGAGAGGAAUGUUCUGCUAUAUUGCAUAAGAAUGUGCCUAGAAAAUUAAAAGAUCCUGGAAGCUUUACUAUACCUUGCAAUAUAGGAGGAACGACUUUUAAUAGAGCCCUGGCAGAUCUAGGUGCUAGCAUCAAUUUAAUGCCCUUUGCAUUAUAUCGACAGUUGAAGCUAGGAACCCUUAAGCCCACACGCAUGAGCAUUCAAUUAGCUGACCGAUCUACUAAGUACCCCAGGGGUAUAGUAGAGGACGUUUUAGUCCGGGUUGAUAAAUUUAUUUUUCCUGUAGAUUUUGUGAUCCUAGACAUGGACCCAGAUGUAGAGAUUCCUCUCAUCUUGGGCAGACCUUUCUUGGAAACUGCUAGAGCUUUAAUAGAUGUGGGAGAAGGCAAACUUGUUAUUCAUGUAGGAGACGAAUCUGCUAGCUUCGACGUGACUAAAAUAAUGAAAUAUCCUUCAGAUAGUGAUGAAUGUUUUUUCGUUGAUUAUGUGCAUGAUGAAAUUGAUUAUUUAUACGAAAUACCUAAAGUUAAGAGGCAUGAUUUCAAUUGCUUUUGA